CAAGGCCCUGCUGGAUGACAUCGUGUCCCGAGGCCGGGGGGGACCCCCGGGACCCUUCCCCGACGCCGCCAACGGGCAGAACGGGACGGUGCAGGAGCUGAUGAUCCCCGCGGGCAAGGCGGGGCUGGUCAUCGGCAAGGGCGGGGAGACCAUCAAACAGCUCCAGGAACGAGCAGGAGUAAAAAUGAUCCUGAUCCAAGACGGUUCCCAAAACACCAACGUGGACAAACCCCUGCGGAUCAUCGGCGAGCCCUACAAAGUGCAGCAAGCCUGUGAGAUGGUGCUGGACAUCCUGAGGGAGCGGGACCAGGGAGGAUUCGGAGACCGCUCGGAUUACGGCGCCCGCCUGGGCGGGGGGAUCGACGUGAGUGGGAGCCCGGGACCACCCCGAAACUACCCUGGAAUCACCCCGAAAUCA